GACUUACGUGUGAAAGAGAAGUAAGCCGUAAGUGGUGGUGUUUUGGGAAGGGGGAGGUCAUUGGAAAGUGAGCUGCCGCUAAGGACCGGUGUUUUGGGCACUGAAACUAAAGAUUAGGUUGUUUUAUUCGAUGUCGGUGUAGAUCUAUUGCAGCACCUCCGUGUAGUCUUUGAACAGCUUUGAAAAUGCUCCGUCUCGUUCUGCGGCUGAGGCCGUCCGUCAGGCUGUCAUGUCCCCGUGUCCUCCCCGGGCCUUCUGCUGCUUCGGGGUCUCGUCCCAUGCCCCGAACCAGCUGCCUAAGACGGUUUCAUGGCGGAGCGGCUGCCCGGACAGUGAGCUGGGGCCAUAGUGUGAGUCACAGGGGGGUUCUGCGGAGUAUAGGAGCUCCAGGCUGCGGGCAGAGCCGCUGCUACAGUCUGCCGCCUCAUCAGAAGGUAGAGCUCCCUGCACUGUCCCCCACCAUGCAGACAGGAACCAUUGCCCGUUGGGAGAAAAAGGAAGGAGAUAAGAUAAGUGAAGGUGACCUCAUUGCUGAGGUAGAGACUGAUAAAGCUACAGUUGGUUUUGAGAUGCUCGAGGAGUGUUACUUGGCGAAAAUUCUUAUACCUGAAGGAACAAGAGAUGUCACUGUUGGAGCAGUUAUAUGUAUUACAGUUGACAAACCUGAGCUUGUGGAAGCCUUUAAAGAUGUAACACUGGACUCCAUCACUGCAGCUGGUGCACCUCCUCCUCCUGCAGCGUCUGCUCCUCCUCCACCCCCUGCUGCAGCUCCACCCUCGGUUCCAGGCAGCUCCUAUCCCUCUCACAUGAAGAUUACACUUCCGGCUCUGUCUCCUACAAUGACAAUGGGAACUGUGCAGCGGUGGGAGAAAAAGGUUGGAGAGAAGCUGAGUGAGGGAGAUCUGCUUGCUGAGAUUGAGACUGACAAGGCGACCAUUGGUUUUGAGGUUCAGGAAGAGGGCUAUUUGGCAAAAAUCAUGGUCCAAGAAGGAACUAGGGAUGUCCCACUGGGAACACCGCUCUGCAUUAUUGUGGAAAAAGAGAGUGACAUUGCGGCCUUCAAAGACUAUGUUGAGACUGGGGUAGCAGAGGUUUCCACCCCUCCUCCAGCCCCAGCACCUGCUCCUGCUGCAGCUCCAGUGGCCCCCGCAUCAGCCCCCACACCAACAGCUGCAGCAGCAGCCCCGGUUGCUCCCAGGAAGGGUCGUGUAUUUGUGAGCCCGCUUGCCAAAAAAAUGGCUGCAGAGAAAGGAAUUGACCUUGCACAGGUUUCAGGAUCUGGACCAGAUGGACGAAUUACCCGGAAAGACAUUGAGAGCUUUGUUCCUCCAAAAGCUGUACCUGCUGUAGCUGCUGCUCCUGCCCCAGCCCCUGCUGCUCCUGCUGCUGUACCUCCAACUGGAACCUUCACUGAUAUUCCCAUCAGCAACAUUCGCAAAGUCAUUGCUCAGAGGUUGAUGCAGUCCAAGCAAACCAUCCCUCACUAUUAUCUGUCAGUCGACGUCAACAUGGACCAAGUACUGGAGCUUCGCAAAGAGCUCAAUGCUGAGGUGAAAGCACAGAAUAUCAAGCUAAGUGUGAAUGACUUCAUCAUCAAAGCCAGUGCUCUGGCCUGCCUCAAAGUCCCUGAGUGCAACUCCUCCUGGAUGGAAACAGUAAUUCGCCAAAAUCAUGUGGUGGACGUGAGUGUAGCUGUAAGCACACCCAAUGGUCUCAUCACUCCCAUAGUGUUUAAUUCCCAUGUCAAAGGACUGGCUGCUAUUAGCUCUGAUGUAGCUGCUUUAGCCGCUAAAGCCAGAGAAGGCAAACUGCAGCCUCAUGAGUUUCAGGGAGGCACCUUCACAAUUUCUAAUUUGGGAAUGUUUGGCAUCAAGAAUUUCUCAGCGAUAAUCAACCCUCCUCAGGCCUGUAUCCUUGCCGUCGGAGGUUCCGAAAAGAGACUUCUUCCUGCAGAUAAUGAAAAAGGGUUUGAUGUUGCCAGUAUGAUGUCGGUGACGCUGAGCUGUGACCAUCGUGUGGUGGAUGGGGCGGUUGGCGCUCAGUGGCUUGCAGAAUUUAGGAAGUUCUUGGAGAAGCCUGUCACCAUGUUGUUGUGAUUGGACUGAAACCGCACUCCAAACUGCAGCAAAGGGCCACGCCUUUCACUGAAGCGAUCUGAUUGGUCUAAACCAGUCUGGACUCUCCUGUGAUUGGUUGCUCUAUAACAGGUCACUCCCACUCACCCUAAAGGAGGAGAGGCAGACUUCACUCCGAUAAAUGUCUGUCUCCUUGUAUAUCUCUGUCCUUUUUCUCCAACUCGUACCUAUUUAUUAAGGGCCCAACCCAAAUCAGAACAGAAGUAAGUCAUUUGAAGAUUGUACGAACAUGAAAUAAAGGGACAGGUUACACUUUUAGGCAAUGAUCAUAUUUAUUUCAAAGUAGAUUGGAUUUUUGUAAAGUUUUAUCUUGUUCCUAGGGAUGUUCAUGUCCAAAGGUGCACCUGUGGAGACGUAUGUGACGUACAAGAUGGAGCAAUAACAAAAUUACAAGCACUUAAGUUAUAUUUAUAUAUUCUGAGCUGUUCUGAGCAACUCCUCAAUGAAAUACAUCACCAAAGUAUUUUAAAAUGAUUGCCCCUUUCACACACAGUAUACUGUAUUUUUAGCUGAAACGCACAAACCUGGUUCUGGAUCUUGUCUCUAUUAAAUAAAAUGGGAGAAGUCAACUUGGUGCCAAUUUUAUCGUUUGGGAAUAACUAAAUAUAAAGACCGAAUAGCAGUUGGAUGUGUAAAACUACAUCUUACUUGUAAAUGUUAUAUAUACAUUAAAGGGGAGAGUGUGUAUGUCAUCUGGACUCUGUUGUUCAGUGUAAUUUAAACACAUUCAGAUAAAGGUUAUAUUGGCUUAAUAGUGUUUCUGUCUUUACUAUAGAUUUAAUCAUUUAAUGUUACUCAUGACUUCCAUGAACGUCUCAAUGCUUGAUUUUCCAAUGGUCAGGGUUAUUUGAUUUUCUAUUAACAUGUCAUUUCAUUGCCACGCUGAGAAACUUAAUGGAAUAAAUACAGUACCUCAUAGCAUAC